UUACUUGCCAUCCGCGCCGCCUUCUUCUCACACCUGUUCUUUAAGGUUCGUGCCGUUCGCGAGCCAAAAGAUCACCAACGGCAGCCUUAUCUUAAAAGUUACACACGUAAGCUCGUCUUUAUGAAUGACUUUGCUUGCUGCGGCUGUCACCGUUCCUUGUCGUCGGCCAACCGCAACAAGCAGCGGCACCGAACCCAAGCGAGAUGGACGGCCAUCGAGGGGAAUCCCGUCGCGGGGACGAGCCUGGGAAGACGUGCGAGCCGGACGCUGGCGCGCUGGCCUCCGGCAACGGGUGCUUCGAGUGCAACAUAUGCCUCGAUGUCGCCGCGGAGCCGGUCGUCACGCUCUGCGGCCACCUCUACUGCUGGCCGUGCAUAUACAGGUGGCUGCAGCAGGCCGAGAGCGCCGCCCCCCAGCUGUGCCCCGUAUGCAAGGCCGCCCUCUCCCUGGACGCUCUGGUGCCGCUCUACGGCCGCGGCCACCGCGGCUGCGGGAGGAAGCCCCACCCGGGCGUCGAGGUACCGCGUCGUCCGCGGCCGGCCCGCCGGGGCGCGAUCGGGCCGAACGAGGCGCGGUACCCGGAGAUUCGGCCUCACCGUUACCUGCAACCGAGCCACUCGAUGGCGGGCGGCGUGCUGGGGGGAUUGGCGGUGGCGGUGCUCUCGUGGAUGGUCCGGGAUCAGGAGUGGGCCAGCGUUGACUACUCGAAUCCUAACCACAUGGGUGGCAAUGAGGGCAGCCGCAGGCGAAGGAGGCGGGAGAUGGAGCUGGAGAGGUCACUCCAUCAGAUUUGGGUAUUCCUCCUCUGCUGUGCCAUUGUGUGCUUGAUCUUUUUCUGAGCAUGCACACUUCUCUGUGUACGGUUCUUCAGCCUGUUACUAUCAUGCUGAAGGUAACAGAUGUUAUCCGCCAUAAGAAUCUGCAAAUGUUUGCCUCAGUAUGGACAUUAAACCAAUGUUAUUUCUGAGUUAUGAUCUACUUCUGUGCCUAUUGUUUCAUCAUCUUCGUAAUCUACCUGCUCAACAGUGUUUUCUUUU